AUGAUGUGGGCCAAACGUUUGCCUUUACUGUUUCUUGUCAUUUAUACAACUGUUUUAUUUGUUGAAGUUAUUUCAUAUUCUGUCAUUCACCAUGAAAAUUCUACACUGGAAACAAAUGGCAAAACUCCAUUUAUGGAAGUGGAAGCAGUUAGUGAACUGAUAUACAUAACAGUUGACCCAGGUGUCAAUGAUACUGCUCAACAUUGGAAGGAAGUAACAUCAUCAUUUGCGGUCAGCUACGGAAAUCCAGAAAAUAAUUUUUUAAACGAUUUGCUGACUUCAAAUAGCAGUACGUCAGAAGACAAACAAAAAUUUAUUUUAGACUGGUUAAACGAAAUCAAUUUAUCUCAUAACCGCAAAAAUCCAGACAGCUCAGAAGAAGCACAAACGUCGACUGAAGAAGACUUUGAACAAGUAGGAGUUGUAGUUCCUUCAACUAGAUCUUCGAAUCAAUUUGGAUUUGGGAAGCCACGCCAACCAAACAACGCACAACGUGUCAAUUUAAGAGGCUGGAAUAAGAAUGGUAAGAUACGCUUUCCCGUUGCUUCUAACAAACCUCCCAGCAGUGAUGAAGAAUAUGGGUCUACAAAUUACUUCUCACAAACUGAUGGCCAGUCCUAUUUAAAUGAGAAUAGUGCGCCUGAAUACCUAAAUCUGAUUGAAAAUGCCAUUCACAACUACGAGGCACAAAAGGCCCUCGUUGGUCAAAUGGUCGAACCCAAGCUACCUGUAUACCACCGCUUUAAUCCAAAUUAUGACAACUCAGCUGAAACAAGUAUUGAAAAUCAAAGACGAACCUUGAAAAAAAGAGUUUUUGAUUUCUUCUCAUCAGAUGAAUCGGACAGUCAGCCUUGGUAUGGCUACAGUAACUCUAAAAGCAGCGAAAACGGCGAGAGUUACGGAAGCAGUGAAAGCGAAGAAGACUUAAAUUGGUUUUACGAAGAGUUCUAG